AUGGGACUCCUGUCACGGGAUCCUUCAGGAUUCUGUCAAAAGAUGACAACAUCAGAAUUUGUCUUUAUUCCUCCACCUGAAGCACCUGUCUUUUAUCCAACUUACAAUGAAUUUCAAGAUCCAUUAGAAUAUAUAGAGAAAAUCCGACCAAUCGCUUCUAGAACAGGAAUAUGUAAAAUUGUGCCACCUAAGGAUUGGCAGCCUCCAUUCUGUGUUCAAAUUGAAAAUUUUAAAUUUACACCCCGUAUUCAACGUAUCAAUGAAUUAGAAGCUGGCACUCGCGUAAAAUUAACAUUUUAUGAAAGACUGACGCGUUUAUUCGAUUCACAAGGAAUCAAACUGAAAAUACCAACUGUUGAAAAACAAACAUUAGACCUGGCCAAACUACAUAAAAUUGUUAAAGAUGAAGGUGGUUAUGAUAUUUGUUGCUCACAAAAAAAAUGGUCACUGAUCUCACGUAAAAUGUCGUUUCGUGAUGCACAAACAAGUCGUACAUUAAAACAACAUUAUGAAAAAUUAUUGUUAUCCUAUGAUGUUUAUGAAGCUGGCAUUUAUCAAGCAUCAAAAGAAACAUCCUCACAAGAUACACUCACAGAUUUUCAAGUUGAUUACAUGGCUAGCCCAGAACUGAAAAAAUUACAAUUUCAUGGUGCCGGUCCCAAAACAGCCGUACCAUCGUCUACUGCUACACAAAAUGAGAAGAGUGAACCAGUUGAUUCCUUAUCGUCCUCGUCUUCAACGGCAGUACGCAACACAAACAAACGAAAAGAAACACCAACAAUUGUAGAAGAUCCAUUUGAUAAUUUUCUAUGUAAAUCUUGUAAUCGUGGCGAUGAUGAUGCCUAUUUGUUAAUUUGUGAUCGAUGCGACAAUUGUUAUCAUACAUACUGUCUUAUUCCACCAUUAAUAGAAAUACCAAGAGGACAAUGGAGAUGUCCAAAAUGUGUCGCGCAAUUAUAUCAAACAGCGUGCCCAUUAGACGCCUAUGGUUUUGAACAAUCUCGCAAACAAUUCACUCUACAAGAAUUUGGAGAAAUGGCAGAUAAUUUCAAACAAACAUAUUUUCAAAAAGAACUCCAUAAUAUCACAUGUGAAGAAGUUGAAAAAGAAUUUUGGCGAGUAUUAGCAUCGCCAACAGCUUCAGUUAAAGUCGAAUAUGGAGCAGAUCUACCAACGGGAGAAUUGGGUAGCGGUUUUCCUACCGUAAAAUCAAAAGAUUUAUCCGAUCAAGAUAAAAAAUAUUUAAAUUCACCAUGGAAUUUGAAUAAUUUCGCUUAUCAUUAUAAAUCUGUAUUGAGAUAUUUGAAUGCUGAUAUUUCAGGAAUGAAGAUACCAUGGGCAUAUGUUGGAAUGUUAUUUUCGUGUUUUUGUUGGCAUGUUGAAGAUCAUUGGAGUUAUUCUAUCAAUUAUUUGCAUUGGGGUGAACCAAAAACGUGGUAUGGUGUUCCGGGUACAAGUGCCGAGAAAUUGGAGACUUGUUUUAAAUCUUAUGCACCAGAAUUAUUUGCAAAGACACCCGAUUUAUUACACCAUCUUGUCACAAUAAUGAGUCCAUCAAUUCUGAUGAAAGAUGGUGUUCCUGUUGUCCGUUUAAAUCAGUAUGCGGGUGAAUUUGUGGUCACAUUUCCUCGAGCUUAUCAUACAGGAUUCAACCAAGGUUACAAUUUUGCUGAAGCUGUUAAUUUUUGUCCAGCUGAUUGGCUAUUGAUGGGUCGUUGUGCAAUUGAUCAUUAUAAAGAAGUAAAACGUUACAGUGUAUUUUCCCAUGAUGAACUCGUUUGUAAACUAGCGUCCGAAUGUCAAUAUUUGGAUCCAGCAAUUGGUGAAGCAACAAAGUUUGAAUUAGAAUCUAUAGUCAAACAUGAAAAAAAUGGUAGAAAAUUAGCGUAUGAUCAUGGAGCUGCAAAUGGUGAUCGCGUCUGUUUUGAAUUGAUGCCCGAUGAUGAAAGACAAUGUGAUUAUUGUAAAACAACCUGUUUUCUAUCAGCUGUAUCCUGUUCAUGUAAACCGAAUGUCUUAGUGUGUAUAAAUCAUAUUGAUCAGUUAUGCACAUGUAUACCACCUUCUUAUUGUUUAUGGUUUCGUUAUACGUGUGAGGAGAUGUCUGAUAUGCUGGAAGCACUUCGUGAACGACUUGAUCUAUGUCAAAAAUGGAAAUCAUUAGUAAAUCGAUUAAUAUCAAAUGAUCAUAGUGUUUUAGUGGAUUUUAAUGAAUUAGAACGUCAUACGGCAUCAGGUGCUUUAUGUUUACGCGAUGAUAUUCGUCUAAAAAUGGAACAGAAACUAUCACAAGCUCUUGAAUGUCGACAAAUAGCAAAACAAUUAUUGAAACGAUUGACAUAUAAGAAUGAUAAUAAUGACAUAAAGGAUGAAGACAAUUUAACUAGUGGGAAUAAACAAAAAGUGACAUUAGGUGAACUCCACCAAUUAAGUACAAAAAUUAAACAAAUCGGAAUUACUUUCACAGAAAUGGUCAACGUACAAACCAUAUUAUCUGAUUGCAUCCGUUACCAAGACGAUGUUCAAAAACUCUUGCUGUCUGAUCAAUUACAAAUACCCUCAGUUUACACUCCAUAUAUUGAUCGUUCUGAUCAAUUUUAUAUUCAAUUACCAAUUGUUGAUAAACUUCAUUCCUACUAUCAAGCUAGUCUAUGGAAAGAACUUGUUCAACGAACAAUCGCUCAAACUCCAACAAUAACUAAAUUGAAGAAUUUACUAGCUUCUGGACAACAAUUUUGUCAUUUACAUCCACAAAUACAUCAGACAUGUCAAGAUCUACAAGAACAAUUAAAUUUACAAGAAUUAUGGGAAGAGAAAUCCCGAUUAUUAAUGAAACAAGAUCCAUCUCCAACACUCGAAAUAUUAGAAAAAUUUGUCGAAAAUGCUUUAAAGUCUUCAGUUAAUUUACCAUCAAUUAAUAAAUUAAAAACAACUAUUGAAGAUUGUAAACAAUGGAAUCAAACAUUUGAACAACUGCAAUCUAGUGAACAUUAUCCAUUUUUAUAUCGUUUGGAGCAAAUGUAUUCUGAAGCAAAAUUAUUAAAUGUUGAUUUAUUCCCAUUGAAACAAAUUGAUCAAACAAUCGCUCAUGCAACUAUUUGGCUUGAUAAAACUCUGCAAACAUUUAAAAAACAUAAUUCUCAAUUAACAUUACUAGAAAUAAUUACACCACGAGUAUCAUUUAAUGAUAAAAAGUUGAAACGUCGACGAAAAACUGGUGGUGGAGGAAGUAGUGGAUCAUCAGAUAAUGCACCUAGUGAACUAAUGGGUACAUUAGAUGAAAGAUUAUUGGAUGCAAUGGAAGAUGAAAAGGAUCCAGCAACAAUUUAUCAAAUUUAUCGAGAUUCAACUCGAAAAGAGAUUGAAGCUAUUUGUGAUCUACGUGAAAAUAAUCAAUCAAAACAAUCUGAUGCAUGUUCAACUUAUUGUUUAUGCGAAAAACAAUAUCAAGAAAAUAUGACUAAAUGUCAAUGUUUAUCUCGUUCAUCAGACACAUCAUCAACAACCUUAAUUUUAAAUAAUAAUAAUUCUCGUUCAUUAUCACCUGAACCAUCAACUUCUUCCUUAAUCUGGUGGUGUGAUUCAUGUAUUCGUUCGUGUCGCCCUCGUUUAGAAGACGUUGUGAAAUUAUUAGCAAAUUUACAAAAAUUAACUGUUCGAUUACCAGAAGGAGAGAUUCUUCAGUGUUUAACUGAAAGAGCAAUGACAUGGCAAGACAAAGCGAAACAAUUCCUCAAUACUCCAAUUAUUACUGACAUGGCGAUUAAACAAGAACCAACUCUUCAUUAUAAGACAUCAAUUUUUGAUGAAAAUGAUUCUGAUAAUUUAAACAGUCUAAAAUCGAAAUCUUGUAAAAUAUCCGGCAAUAAUGAUCAUUCAUUUCCAAAAUAUUAUGUUGAACAAGUGGAACAAUUGUUGAUGGAAGGUGCUUUGCUUGAAAUUAGUGUUGAUGAAAUUAAAUCAUUAACAAAAUUAUUGCAUAAACAUAGAACGUUAUCAAUGUCAAGUGAUAGACCUAAGAUGGCACGUGUUAGUUCAACAUCCACAACUCAAGAUGAUGGUCGAAAAUCAUUUGAAAAAGUAAAACCUUCUAAAUCGGCAACAACAGCAACAACAACAACGUCGGCGCGAAAAAGAAAGUCGCAAGAACAUACAGCAGCAGCUGCUACAUCAUCCAAAGCUCCUGUUCGUCGUUCAUCAACUAAACGUUCUCGUAAAUCUACUCCAAAACAGCAACAACAACUUCGUUCGAACAGUACAACCAUAAACGCAGCUCCAAAUGAUACAUUAAAAAUUCUCGAUCAGUCAAACAUCACAACAUUUCCAUUGUCAUCCACUCCAAGUUCCAACACAAACACAUCCGCCGAAUUUUCGUCACUUUUGACAUCAGUACCUCAAGAGAAUGCGGAUGAAACUCAACUUUUAUCUGAAAGUGAUCAUGAUGAACAAGAAGAAAAUUUAGUAUUACAAAACCACGAUCAUGAAUAUGAAGGCGACGGAAUAACAACUGCAGCUUCAACGAACGAUGAUAAAUGUGCAUUAGACAGUCAAUGCUUCAAACCCUCAGUUUGUGUCGGACUAACGACGAUUAAACGAAAUGACGAAUUUAAAUGUAAAUUUUGUAAACAACACUAG